ACAAUCCAUAGUAACAUUCGAAUUGUUAUUUUCAGAAUCACAACUCUAGUGGUGCAAUUACCGGAGUAACGCGGCACUACCACCAACAAAACACGCAUCACCAACACAACCACCAGCAGUCAGCCGCGGCAACGCAACACCAGUUCGCGGGCGCCGGUGGAGCACCGAUCAAAGGGUGCGCCUUAGGUGCACCCAUGGCAACCCAGCACCAAACGCCGGGCGGCUACCGCGGCCAGUGGAGUAGCGUGGGUGCGGGUCACCAGCAUCCGGGUGCGGCUGUCGGAGCCACCUACCAGCCGUACCAAAGGUACGCGUCGGCGCAGAACCAACAGCCGCAGGCCGCCGCGCCGCCGCAAUCCCAACAGCCGCUUUCCUAUAGUAGCGCCGCGGCGAACUAUAACAAUACUAACUCGUACGGCAAUCAGCGAGUACCUACUGCCACAUCGCCCUCGAACGCGAGCAGUUCCAGCAGUCACACGGGCGGCAGUCAAUCGGGCGGACCAUCGGCCAGCAACGCCCUGGGCGGUUCGCAAUCGGGCAAUAUGCAACAGCAGGCCAACGCCAUCAACAAUUCGAUUUCGUCCAACGGAUCGGCGCAGAGCCACGGCUCCGAGCAACUGAGCAAAACCAACUUGUACAUCAGGGGCCUUAAUCCGGGCACGACUGACAAGGAUCUGGUCAAUAUGUGCCAACAGUAUGGUACAAUAAUUUCUACCAAAGCUAUACUAGAUAAAAACACUAAUAAAUGUAAAGGUUAUGGUUUUGUCGACUUUGAGAGUCCAGUGGCUGCGGAAGGAGCGGUUAAAGCGCUGACCGCCCGUAACAUACAGGCUCAAAUGGCGAAAGUGGGUAUAUGGUAUCAUCAACGUAGACAAGCCACUCAACAAGAACAAGACCCAACAAAUUUGUAUAUUGCCAAUUUGCCGCCCACAUUUAAAGAAUCGGACCUGGACACUUUGCUAUCGAAAUACGGCCAAGUGAUAUCGACUAGAAUUCUUCGUGAUUCACAGGGCAUAUCGAAAGGUGUAGGAUUCGCCCGUAUGGAAUCGAGAGAAAAGUGCGAACAAAUCAUUCAGAUGUUUAACAAUCAUAUUUUGCCGAACUGCAAAGACCCAUUGCUGGUGAAAUUCGCCGACGGCGGAAACAAAAAGAAAAACUUAUACAAUAAGUAUUACUUCCAGAGUAACGACAAUUCAAUGAAGUGGCGCGAAGCCUCGGAAAGUAUGGGAGCCAUGGGCUACGCCCCUGAGGCUCUAGCAUCGAACGGUGUUGCCGGACAACACAUGAUCCAAGCGUACAAUUAUAGGCAUCCACUUAAUACGUACCCAGGCUAUAGUCCUCAAUGGGUACCGACACAAUACGUGAUGCAAGCGCCCCUACCUCAAGUGGACGACGCCUACGGUCUUCAAGGUCACGUGACUACGAGAGACGGACAAACGCCCCGUGGGAUACCGGUUAUGAUGCCUACAGGCGAAUCGUCUAUGCAGUAUGCCAAUGUUAUCCCACAGCUGACUGCCGGCAUGAGCGCCAUGCAGAUACAGCCUCCUGGGUCGUACAUUUCUCCACAGAAUUACUUUGCAGCGACCCACUACCCAAUCCUGCACACAAUUCCAGUCGACUCGGAACACACGAGCACUGCCGCGAGUCCCGAGGAUCCUUACGGCGCUUACCAGUCCGGGCCCCAAAAGUAG